AUGUCGGAAACACAGGCAGCCAUUCCUCUGUCCCAGGGUGCUGGAUAUGGCGUUGUCAUUGGCCUAGGAGCUUUGUUCGCCUUGGUCAUGAUCGGUGUCACUUCAAUAAUGAGGCGUCGUGGCAAUGUUGAGAACGCCGAGGAAUUUACGGUCGCCAAACGCUCGCUCGGUACCGGUUUGACCGCUGCUGGAGUGACUUCCUCUUGGACUUGGAGCACAACAUUGCUUUCUUCUGCGACUGUGGCAUAUGAGUACGGUGUGGCUGGAUCCUUCUUCUAUGCUGCAUGCAAUAGCACUCAGAUCAUGAUAUUCAGCAACCUUGCGAUUGAAUCGAAACGCAAGGCGCCCAAUGCUCGUACUUUCCUGGAGAUCAUUCGUGUUCGUUACGGUACUGUUGCACAUCUGUCGUUCAUGUUCUUCAGCUUAGCUUCGAAUAUCCUGGUUGUGUCGUCUAUCUUGAUAGGCGGUGCUGCUGCAAUCAACUCUCUGACCGGCAUGAAUGUAUAUGCUAGUCUAUGGUUGUUGCCUAUGAGUGUGACUGCAUACACUCUACGUGGCGGACUUCGAGCAACAAUCUUGACGGAUUAUGUACACACUGCCAUAAUCUUGAUCAUCAUCUUCGUCUUCUGGUUCAAAGUCUACGCCACGGGUGAUCAGAUUGGAUCCCCAGCAAAGAUGUGGGACUUGCUUCACGACGCUGCUAAGCGAAACGACUACCCUGCACCGACAAAAGGAGGCACCUACUUGACCAUUCGGUCUCUGGGAGCGCUCAAGUUCGCCAUCCUCAGUAUACUUGAGUACACAGGUGUAGUCUUCCUCGAUAACUCGUUCCAUCAGAAAGGCAUUGCAGCUGAUCCUGCUUCUGCUGUUCCGGGAUACGUUCUAGGAGGACUGGCGUGGUAUGCGAUGCCUUUCACCUUGGCAACUACUAUGGGCAUUGCCGCCAUUGCGCUGGAGAACACGCCGGCAUUUCCCACAUAUCCUAACAGGAUGAGUACAACGGAGAUCAGUGCUGGGCUGACGCUGCCGUAUGCCGCGCAAACAAUUGCCGGUACAGGUGGUGCUGGUGCCGUCCUUGUCCUCAUGUUCAUGAGCUGCACCAGUGCGAUCUCGAGUCAACUGAUUGGUGUCUCCACCGUGCUGUCUUACGAUGUUUACAAGACUUACAUCAAGCCUAGUGCCACAGAUGCGCAAAUUCUUCGCGCAGGUCAUUACUGUGUCGUAGGAUUCGCUAUUUUCAUGGCGGCUUUUGGAAGUAUGCUUCACGGAGUCAAGAUCGAUCUUGGCUUCAUCUACAACAUGACUGGCAUAUUCACGGGUUCAGCGUUGCCCGCACUCAUCGCAACCUUCUUCUCCACAAGGCAAGGUCCUCUGGCGGCGGUCGCAUCGAUCUGGACAGGGUUCUUCUCUGCGGUCAUCACUUGGCUGACACUCGCCAAACGGUUCUCCGGCACUGUAAACAUCGCGUCGGUCGGGCGGACUGACCCAUGUUUGUAUGGUUGUAUCGCUGGCAUUGGCGCUGCUGCGGUCGUGACCAUUGCUAUCUCCAUCUUCCAUAACGCUCGCUACACCUGGGACACUCUCGGUGCUAUACGUCUGACAGACGUUGAUGGUAGCGACAAAGACGUUGCGUUCGAGGACCCUACUUAUAACCCGGAGAGACUGCGGAAGGCGGCUCAUAUCGCCCGUGCCAUCACGGUCUUCUUGUUUCUGGCGCUCUUCAUCGUAUGGCCAUUGAGUCUUUACGGCACAGCAUACCAGUUUUCGGAAAAGUUCUUCACGGGGUGGGUCAUCGUGUCUUUACUCUGGGCUGUCUUCUCUUUUGGAAGUAUUACCAUCUACCCGAUCAUUGAGGAGCGUCAUCGUCUUCUGUCCUGGAUCAAAGAGUUCUCUACGAAGCCCAAGGUUGAAGAGACGGACUCCGUGGAUGAAGUCAAAGUUGAGCCUGAUGACUCUGAGCGCGUUCCUGAGGAUCUAACGUGCGGUGAUAUCCGUACAAAGCCCGAAGUCUUGAGUAUAUGA